UCAUCUGAGAAGCGUCAUGAGCUGGAGCCAAGCCAUCCUGCUGGCCCGGGGCCUCUCUCGGGGCUGGGGCAGCAUCUGCGGGGCUGCCCUCACAGGAGCCCCCUUUUCUCAGGUCCCUCCCCAGGCUCCACGGGGCCUCCAGCGCAGCGCAGCCACCCACAGCUCCGACUCGUCACUGGUCCCACGCCCCCCCGAGCCCAGGAGGGGGCCCAUCAAGGCCCUGGCGCCCCACGAGGAGCUGUUCGAGCAGGCUCCCGGUGGGGAGCGGGACAAGGCGAGCUUCGUGCGAACGGUGCAGAACUUCGGGCAGCACAGCGUGCGCAAGCGGGGCCACGUCGACUUCAUCUACCUGGCCCUGCGCAAGAUGCGGCACUAUGGCGUCGAGCGGGACCUGGCCGUCUACAACCUGCUGCUCGAUGUCUUCCCCAAGGAGGUCUUCCGGCCCCGCAACAUCAUCCAGCGCAUCUUCGUGCACUACCCUCGGCAGCAGGAGUGCGGCGUCGCCGUCCUGGAGCAGAUGGAGAACUAUGGGGUGAUGCCCAACAAGGAGACGGAGUUCCUGCUGAUUCAGAUAUUUGGACACAAAAGCUACCCCAUGCUCAAGUUCCUGCGCAUGAAGCUGUGGUUCUCCCGCUUCAAGAACAUCAACCCCUUCCCCGUGCCCCGGGACCUGCCCCAGGACCCCGUGGACCUGGCCAGGUUGGGCCUGCGGCACAUGGAGCCCGACCUCAGUGCCAGGGUCACCAUCUACCAGAUGCCUUUGUCCAGAGACUCCACAGCGGGAACGGAUCCCACCCAGCCCCACAUUGUAGGAAUCCAGAGUCCUGACCAGCAAGCCGCCCUGGCUCGCCACAACCCAGCCCGGCCUAUCUUUGUCGAGGGCCCCUUCUCCCUGUGGCUCCGUGAUAAGUGUGUCUAUUACCACAUCCUUAGAGCUGACAUGCUGCCCCCUGAGGAAAGGGAAGUGGAGGAGAUUCCGGAGGAGUGGAACCUCUACUACCCUAUGCAGCUGGACCUAGACUAUGGGAGGAGCAGCUGGGAUGACUAUCAGUUUGACAUCGAUGAAGUGGAGGAAGGUCCCGUCUUCGCCAUGUGCAUGGCAGGUGCUCACGACCAGGCCACACUGGCCAAGUGGAUCCAGGGCCUACAGGAGAGCAACCCUGCUCUGGCCCGGAUCCCCGUGGUCUUCCGCCUGUCAGGGUCCACUGGUGAGCUCCUGGCAGCCACCCCGAGGAUGGAGGAGCCACCACCAACACCACGCCAGAGCCAGGACGAAGAGGAAAACAACCUGCAUCAGCAACAGCAGGGCCAGAGCUGA